AUGUUUGAAUUAGAAACUAUGGAGUAUGGUCAAUAUAGUAGCUAUUCAGCAGAAGCAGCAGCUGAGGAAGAAGCUUAUGCAACUAGCAGCACAUCUUCCAUGAUGAGAAAGAAGAAAAACAAGAAUACAAAAAGGUUUAGUGAUGAACAAAUCAAGUCAUUGGAAACUAUGUUUGAGACUGAGACAAGACUUGAGCCAAGAAAGAAGCUGCAGUUGGCUAGGGAGCUUGGGUUGCAGCCAAGACAAGUUGCUAUAUGGUUUCAAAAUAAGAGAGCUAGAUGGAAAUCAAAGCAACUUGAAAGAGAGUACAAUAAACUUCAAAAUAGUUAUAAUAGUUUGGCUUCAAGAUUUGAAUCAAUGAAGAAGGAAAAACAAACAUUACUUAUUCAGUUGAAGAAGCUGAAUGAUCUAAUACAGAAGCCAAUAGAGCAAAGUCAGAGUUCAUCACAAGUUAAAGAAGCGAACAGCAUGGAAAGUGAAUCAGAAAAUGGAGGAAGAAUGAAAUGUGAGGCUGAGGUGAAACCAAGUACUUCAAUGGAAAGAUCAGAACAUGUUCUUGAUGUUGUAUCAGAUGAUGACACAAGCAUAAAAGUUGAAUAUUUUGGGCUUGAAGAUGAACAUGGACUUAUGAAUUUUGGUGAACAUGGUGAUGGAUCAUUAACUUCACCAGAAAAUUGGAGUGGUUUUGAAACAAAUGAUCUGUUAGGCCAAUCAAGUUGUGAUUAUCAAUGGUGGGACUUUUGGUCUUGA